AUGAAGGCUGUCGUUGCGGGUGCUUCUGGUGGCAUUGGCCAGCCGUUGUCGCUCCUCCUCAAAUCUAGCCCACUCAUCGACGAGCUUGCGCUGUACGAUGUGGUCAACACGCCCGGUGUUGCCGCAGAUCUCUCACACAUCUCCACGCCCGCAAAAAUCUCGGGCUACCUUCCAAAGGAUGACGGCAUGAAGCAUGCCUUCACCGGCGCUGACUUGAUCAUCAUUCCAGCCGGCAUUCCACGCAAACCUGGCAUGACCCGUGACGACCUCUUCAAGAUCAACGCCGGCAUUGUCCGUGACCUUAUCAAGGGUGCUGCCGAGUUCUGCCCCAAGGCGUACCUUCUGAUCAUCUCGAAUCCCGUCAACUCCACAGUUCCCAUCGCUGCUGAGGUGCUCAAAGCUGCCGGUGUUUUCGAUCCGGCCAAGCUUUUCGGCGUAACCACACUGGACGUCGUCCGUGCCGAGACCUUCGUCGCCGAGAUCACUGGCGAGAAGGACCCAGCGAAGACCGUCAUCCCCGUCAUUGGCGGUCACUCUGGCGAGACGAUUGUGCCGCUUUUCAGCCAGGCCAAGCCAAGUGUGAACAUUCCGGCGGACAAGCUUGAUGCUUUAACAUACCGCGUCCAGUUCGGUGGUGACGAGGUCGUAAAGGCUAAAGACGGUGCUGGUUCUGCCACGCUUUCCAUGGCCUAUGCCGGCUUCCGCUUUGCCGAGAAUGUCAUCAAGGCUGUCAAGGGCGAAAGUGGCAUCACCGUGCCCACUUAUGUCUACCUUCCUGGUAUUGAAGGUGGUGACGAGAUCCAAAAGCUUACUGGCUGCGACUUCUUCUCCAUCCCUGUUGAGCUAGGCCCCAAUGGUGCCAAGAAAGCCAUCAACGUCGUUGCAUCUGCCAACGACUAUGAAAAGAAGUUGCUUGAGGCCUGCUACAAGGGUCUUUCAGGCAACAUUGCCAAGGGCGUUGAAUUCAUCCGAAACCCUCCUCAGUAG